ACUCUCUCCCCUCGAGUUAUGAUUAUAAACGCAAGACGCUUCUUCACUCAGCAGCACUAAGCUUGCCUCCAAACCAAUCCCAGAUCUGAAUCUAAACCUCUCAAAAUCUCUUCUCAUCAUCAUGGCUUCUUCUUCUAACUACGAUGGAAUCCUUCUCGGAAUGGGUAACCCACUCCUCGAUAUCUCUGCCGUCGUCGACGACGAAUUUCUCACCAAAUACGACAUCAAGUUGAACAAUGCGAUUCUCGCUGAGGACAAACAUUUGCCCAUGUAUGAUGAGAUGAGUAGCAAGUUCAAUGUUGAAUACAUUGCCGGAGGUGCUACUCAGAACUCAAUCAAAGUGGCUCAGUGGAUGCUUCAAAUUCCUGGGGCAACCAGUUACAUGGGAUCCAUUGGAAAGGACAAAUAUGGAGAGGCCAUGAAGAAGGAUGCUACAGCAGCUGGUGUCAAUGUUCACUAUUAUGAAGAUGAGUCGGCACCUACUGGAACUUGCGGUGUCUGUGUUGUUGGUGGAGAAAGGUCUCUUAUUGCGAAUCUUUCAGCUGCAAACUGCUACAAGGUUGAUCACCUUAAGAAGCCUGAAAACUGGGCAUUGGUUGAGAAGGCCAAGUUCUAUUACAUUGCUGGAUUCUUCCUCACAGUAUCGCCUGAAUCCAUUCAGUUGGUAUCUGAGCAUGCUGCUGCAAACAACAAGGUGUUCACAAUGAACCUUUCUGCUCCAUUCAUUUGUGAAUUCUUCAAAGAUGUGCAGGAGAAGUUCUUGCCAUACAUGGACUUCGUUUUCGGCAAUGAAACAGAAGCAAGAACCUUCUCCAGGGUUCACGGCUGGGAGACUGAAGAUGUCGAACAAAUAGCCAUCAAGAUUUCACAGCUUCCCAAGGCCACGGGAACAUACAAGAGGACCACUGUGAUAACACAGGGCGCAGAUCCAGUGGUUGUUGCUGAAGAUGGAAAGGUGAAGAAAUAUCCAGUCAUCCCUCUCCCAAAAGAGAAGCUGGUUGACACCAACGGUGCAGGUGAUGCAUUUGUGGGAGGAUUCAUGUCACAGUUGGUGAAAGAGAAAUCGAUUGAGGAAUGCGUGAAAGCUGGAUGCUAUGCGUCGAACGUGGUGAUCCAAAGAUCUGGCUGCACUUACCCUGAGAAGCCCGACUUUAACUAAACUAUUGGGUCAUCCUCAGUUUUGUGAUAUCUUCCAAAUAAAACAACCUUCGAUUCAACAAACUCCCACGAUUAUUGCUUGAGUGUACUUUUUACCAUUUUAUUACCAUAAUUAUUUGAUAAUUUGAUAUUACCACCAUAGGUUUAGACAA